AUGCCGUACGACUCGCAGCAACGGGGAAGCGACGCUGCGGAAUGCUCGCUCGGGAGUUUAGCGAAGAAAAUCGAGGGCUGCAUAGUCAGGAACGCUUUGGACGAAGAGGGACGAGCGCAGAAAGCUCUCUUCCUGCUGAAAUCGCGAGAUCGUCAAAUAGCUUUCCUGCAGAAGCGAGUCGCGGAGCUGGAGGACACCACCGCCUGUCUACACGAAAUCAGUCUAAGGAACUCUUUCAGAACGUCUAUGUCGGACAAGAACAAAAUUACCACUCGAAGCGAAAAAUCAUUAAAGACGGACGGUGACACCGAUGAGAAGAGCAUCGACCAUGACUCCAGUCUCGUCGACACGUCGUGGGAGAGCCUGGAAAGGAAAACUUUCAAAGACUUUCAUAGUUCAUCGGUGCAUGUACUCCAAGUGCCUCACUUGGAGCUGUCCAGGUCUUCCGUUUCAAACUCGGAGAAAGACAUCUUUUCUACACCUGCCUUGGAUUUGGUUCCUGAUAAGAAAAAGCAUCGCAACUGCGUUACCAAUCGGGAUGAAAAUUGGGCAGAGGAUGGCAAGCAGAAUAACAAAGUUCUGAAGAACGCGUUUUCCAAAAGUGAGACGAGGCUCACAACAGCAAAUAAUCAGCAGAUUACAAACACUGUACCAAUUCCCCUGAGGGAGAACGAGAUGAAAAGCGAACAGGCGAUCAAGAAGAAAAUAGAUCACGAAUGCAAAAUCACCGAGAAACCUGCUUCUGGUCUUAUAGAGACUUUCGAAGGAAACGAUUGCUCUGUUUCGCGCGUCAAGCAGCAAAGGUCGAACCCACCGAGAAUAUCUUCCAGCGUUCCCUGGAUAAGGGCGAAACACAGCUUGCGGAAGAAGCUUCGCGGUUUCGAGUCGAAGACUGGGAGACAACUGGAGCAGCUACCCGUUGGAGAUGGACAUCUGACGUUUGCGGCGUUUGGAACCGGCGAGGUGACACCGAUUAUUAGAUACGGCCGUGAGCGGCUUGCGUCGCGCCUACAAGAGUCGUUCCAGCUGACUUAUCCGUGGAUUGCCGCGAGAAUAAAGACACCUCGUGGCGUCUUCGGUUCGUGGAUUCCUGGCUCGACAAUCCCUAGACUCAGGGAAAUCUUGGAUCAACCGAGAGGAUUCUUCCGAGCUGGGGAAUUAUUGGCGAUUCGAGGCCUUUAUCGGGCGAUCCAGACACGAGGAGAGAGAGGGAGGUACGAGAUCAACAACGACGCCAAGAGAACCGAGAGGACUGCGGUGGCCCAGGAUCAGGAUGGAGGGUCCAUAAAUGCGCAAGAAGCGCGCCUCACCGCGGUUCAAAAGGUCGACACCGAAAGGAAGACUACUUUCACACAAACAUCCUCAACUGUUCUCCCACCGAGCAAGAAAUUCUUGCCAGUCGACGACCAACCAACGAAUAUAAACGCUUAUUUUGAACGAAAAAAAUCAUCGACAUUUCGGAGUAUCGAAGAGGAUCCUGCACCCCAAUGGUUGAUCGAGGAAGCUCUUAACGGAAUGACCGAGCGCAGCGAGCGAUGGACGAAGAGGGAAGCAUUGUCGAGCAAGGAGACCGAGUACAAAGCAACCAUAGCAGACCUCGAGGCACAACUCACACGUACGAAAGAGGAGCUCAGCGAAGCUCUAAGGAUGAAAUCGGUCACAAAAGAGAAAUAUAAAAGGUCCUUGGCAAGUGUAAAAGCAGAAGCUCGCAGAGAGAACGAAAGUUUACAAGACAGAAUCAUACGCAUCUGCACGUCUGUUUUGGAAAAUUUCGGUCCUCGUACGUUGUCCGAGAAAAGAGGCAACAGUUAUCAAUUCAAGUGUCGCACACGCCUGAAGAGCCACAAAAAGAUUUCGAGCAAGCUGCAUAAGAAGCUGCGGAAGGCAGUGGCGAGAUCGAGCAAAUUGAAAUGGGAAUUGACGAAGGUGAGGCGAGCGUUGGAAAACAAAACGAAGAAGUGCGAAACCAUCAGCAAGUGCUUCGACAAGCUGAAAGAAGACAUGGAUGUUGCAGAGGGCAACUUGAAUAAACUCAUAUCGGAAAACCUAGCGCUAAGAAAGAGCAUGGAGGACACGCGGGAAUGGAUGGAGCGUAAUAUGGGAAAGGAGCACCACGAGAAAACCAACGCUGCUCAUUUUCGAGACAUGCAGAGGAGCAGGGAGCUGACGAACCUGAAGAAGAAGAGCGAGGAAGACUUUAACACUAUCGCUCAACUUCGUAACAAACUAUUGCGAUCAGAGUCAGCGAACGCCAACAAGGGAUUCCUACUGAACAGUUACAAAAGUCAGCUUUCAGAUCUGAACAAGGAAAAGAAUCAACUCCUGUCGAAGAUAAGUACCUUGGAGAACGAGAUCACCGCCGCGAAAACCAGUAGCUCGCAAUUAAAAGCGAAAAUUUCAGUUCUGAACAAUGAGAAGGAUAAGUUGCUAUCUGACAACGAGAAGUCGAAGACAGACGUGGCGGAAAAGAAAUGCGAAGAAACGAUGCAGCAGGAAACUAAUCUCAUGAAAGCCAGGUACGAAGAAACGAUCAAAUCUAUAAAAAUGAAAAUGAUGACCGCAGAGGAUCGGAACAUGGAAUACUCGAAAGCUAUAAGGGAUUUCUUGAAGAAAAUUUACGACUAUCGCGGAGGCCCUGAUACACAGAGGAGCUUGAAAGAAGACGAGGCUAGCGAAAAACAGGCCCACGAAACCGCCUGUAAUAUUUUAAACAUGUCACCGGAAGAACUGUCCGGCUUCAUCAAUGGAAAAACAUUCAAUUCGAUUAACUCUUGGAUAAUCGAGUUGAACCGAAUUCUAGGAAAAAAUAAUUUCUAUGAAAGUCUGUCAAAGUUCUUGUUCAGAAAAACGCUGAAGAAAAUGAAAACGUAACGCGUAAUCGAAAGGAGAACAGUUCCAUAAAUAUUUUUCAAAAUCGUUCAGCUGUAUAUUGGUUGUUUCAAAGAAUUAAAUACACGAUUCUAAUCA